CCCGCCCGGCCGUACUGCGUGUUGGCGAGUAAUGGAGCGCCUCCCUGUGUGUGUGUAGCUCGGAGCGACUCCUCCAGGUCGCAUCAACACUCGGGAUGUCGAGCGUAGAAACCGCGGCGGAGCACGAGCGGAUCCUACGGGAGAUCGAAAGCACCGACACCAACUGUAUCGGGCCUACCCUCCGGUCAGUGUACGAUGGAGAGGAGCAUGGUGUGUUCAUGGGGAAGCUGGACGGGAGGAUCCGGAGCCAUGACCGGGACAUUGAGAGGAUGUGUAACCACCACUUUCAGGGCUUUGUGGACUCCAUCACUGAGCUGCUCAAAGUCCGCGGAGAGGCACACAAACUCAAGAGUCAGGUGACGGAGACAGACCGACGCCUCCAGCAAGAUGGGAAAGGGCUGAUGGCUUCUAUGGAGGAACUAAGACAAUGUCGUAUACAGCAGAAAAACAUUGCUAGCACCAUUGACAAGCUACAAAUGUGUCUACCUGUUCUGGAGAUGUACAGCAAACUACAGGAGCAGAUGGAGGCCAAAAGGUACUACCCAGCCCUGAGGACCCUGGGCCAGCUGGAGCAGACCUGUCUGCCCAGAGCCGGACAGUACCGGUUCUGUGGUCUGAUGGCCGACAGCACCCCUCUACUCCGCUCACAAAUCAGAGACACGGCCAUGACCCACCUCCGAGACUUCCUCGAGAGUAUCCGCAAGCACUCUGACAGGCUGGGGGAGACCGCCAUAAAACAGGCCCAGGUGCAGCGAUCAUUGGACAGCUCCACCUCCGUACAUCCCAGGGCCCUGAUUGGCCGACGCAUCAGGAAGGAGUUGUCGUUAGGGGCGGGGACCGAGAGUAACGGACAGGGGGGCAGUCCACUGUCGGAGCAGGACUCUGGGAUCCUGGACGUAGAAGAUGAUGAGGAGGAGGAGGAAGAGGAGAUACCAGGUGCUCAGGACUUGGUGGACUUCUCUCCGGUGUAUCGCUGUCUUCACAUCUACACAGUCCUGGGUUUGCGUGACGUCUUUGAGAACUACUACAGGAAGCAGAGGAGGAAACAGGCACGGCUCGCCCUCCAACCACAGUCUAACAUGCAUGAAACACUGGAGGGAUACCGCUGCUACUUCAAUCAAAUAGUGGGGUUCUUUGUGGUGGAGGACCACAUCCUCCACACCACUCAGGGACUGGUCAACACGGCCUAUGUGGACGAGCUGUGGGAGCUGGCCCUGUCCAAGACCAUCGCAGCCCUCAGAACACACUCUUCCUACUGUGACGACCCCGACCUGGUACUGGACCUGAAGAACCUCAUCGUCCUGUUUGCUGAUACACUGCAGGGCUAUGGGUUCCCAGUGUCCCAGCUGUUUGAGCUGAUGUUGGAGAUGAGAGAUCAGUAUGGAGAGAUCCUACUGAAGAAGUGGACACAAACCUUCAGGCAGAUCCUGGACCAGGACAACUACAGUCCAAUCCCCGUAGCAACGGAACAGGAGUAUAAAAACUACACUUCCCAGUUUCCCUUGCAGGACCCGGAGCUGGACAAGGCUGCGUUCCCCAAGAAGCUGCCGUUCUCCGAGCUGGUUCCCAGGGUCUACUGCCAGAUCAAAGAGUUCAUCUACGCCUGUCUCAAGUACUCUGAGGACCUGCACCUCAGUUCUACAGAGGUAGAUGACAUGAUACGCAAGUCCACCAACCUGUUGCUGACGCGGACACUCAGCCACUGUCUUCAGAACGCCAUCAAGAAGAGGAAUGUUGGCCUGCCAGAGCUGGUCCAGGUGAUCAUCAACUCCAGCCACCUGGAGCAGGCCUGUACCUUCCUGGAGGAGUUCAUCUCCAACCUGACCAACGUGCCCCCGGACACGGCCAACUCCACCCAGCUGUACGGCACCUCCACCUUCAAGGACACCCGGCAUGCGGCGGAGGCGGAGAUCUACACCAACCUCAACGCCAAGAUAGACCAGUUCUUGCAGCUGGCGGAUUACGAUUGGACCACCGCAGCGCAGGGGGGCGGAGCCAUGACGCCCAGCGACUACCUGACCGACCUGAUCACCUUCCUGCAGAGCACCUUCACGGUCCUCACAAACCUGCCGGGGAUGCCCGUCGAACACGCCACGCUGCCGGGUAAAGUCGCCCAGACAGCCUGCAUGUCUGUGUGUAAGCACAUCAGCAGCUCUCUGCUCCAGCUGCUGCUGGACCCGGACGUCAGGAGCGUCUCUAUAGGAGCCCUACAUCAGGUCAACACGGACCUGCUGCAGUGCGAGAGUUUUGCCAGAGCCGGGCCGGUGACGGGCUACCAAGGAGACACGUUGAUUCUGGCCUUCAGUGACUUGAGACAACUGCUGGAUCUGUUCACUCAGUGGGAUUGGUCCAGCUACCUGGCCGACUACGGCCGGACCACCAGCCGAUACGUCCGCGUUAACCCCCACACGGCUCUGCUGCUGCUGGACAAGUCAGUACCUGUCUGUCUAGAAAGUGGGAAGAGGAGCACCAUGUUUGCUCAGUUCAGGAAGACGGACCGCGACCGGCAGAAGCUGAUCGACGCCGUCAUCCGCCAGCUCCGCACACUCAUCGCCCAGCAACAAGCCUAGAACAAGCCUUACUAUUGGUCAUCACGCUUAGAAAGAAGCCCUCUUAUUGGUCACUACGCUUUGAACCAGCCCUCCUAUUGGUCACAACGCUUAGAACAAAGCAUUCCCAUUGGUCCUCUGGGUAAAACAAGCCCUCCUAAUGUACUAUUGGUGAAAACAUGCCUUCCUAUUGGUCAACAACCUCUGUAACAACAGCUGAUUGGCUGGCCUCCUAACUCUGCAUGCAUGAAAAGAGCGAUCUGAUUGGAAAACAGGAGCACACCAGUAGAAAGCUCUUUGGUUGGUUUAACACACUUCGCUGCUGUGGUUGGUGUGUGUGUGUGUGUGUGUUGUCUAAAGAUACACCAGGUUAGCAACCAUCCCAUAAUAGUCUAGGCAUGUCAGCACUGGGUUCCAGCCAACCUGUUGAGUUCCUCUCAAUGACAUAAUUUACCCUUGGUGAAAUUCCUCCUUAUUGAAGCGCAGCCCAGAUUAUGGGAUACAGUAUCGUUUUUGUGGGUUUUUGGAUAUUGUAGCCCAAACUACUGUAGUUCAGAGUCCCAAAUUGUAGACUGGACUCAUAGUAUGGUUCAUGGGUCAGAUUUGAUUAGAUGAGAUUAUAUGGCAUGACAUGAGAUUAAACUCCUGUUCUUCCUCAAAAACUUUGAGACAAUGCUUCCUCUGCCAGAUUCAUGGAUGUCUUCCAUACUGUCUCUGUGUGUUUAUGUGUUUGUGUGUCUGUGUCUGUGUGUCUGUGUGUUAACGUUUUGGGACAUGUGUAAUUGAGAUCAAAAGGGAAAGUUAGUCUUAUUGUGCUCCGAUUGAAUCACAAAGUCAGACGUCUAUAUUUAGUUUGAUUCUGUGCAGUUUUUUCUGAGCGCUUUUGUAUGCAUGUGAGCAGUGUUUAUACCUUGAUGUUGACGUGUGUGUGUGUGUGUGUGUGUGUGUGUGUGUGUGUGUGUGUGUGUGUGUGUGUGUGUGUGUGUGUGUGUGUGUGUGUGUGUGUGUGUGUGUGUGUGUGUGUGUGAGAGAGAGAGAGAGAGAGAGUGCGAGUGAGCACACUUUAGGUGCCUUAGCUGAACUUGUGAGGUCCGCUAAUAUGAUUGUCCUUAGCAGCCAAAUAACAAACACGUACCCUCCCACUGCUAGUCACAGUUCCCUAGCCAUCAUUAAUUCAUCAUUAAUUCUACAACAGUGCGCUAACUAACCUCACCGCACAAGCUAAUCCAGAGCUAACUACCAUAGUCAAACAGCUAACGCAGCCUACUAGCUCCCACAGUGUUCUAAGCUACCAUAGCCAACUACCACAGUGCACAAACGUACACAUUGCUGACUAACACCAAAUGUUAACUAACAGUGCACUAGAUAACACAGUACAGUUACUACCACAGUAUGCUCGCUACCACCACGCACUAGCCAAUAGCUACUAAAGUGUGCUAGUCACGAGUGAGCUAGUCACAGAGUACGCUAGCAAUUACAGUUCGCUAGCUAGCUGGCUUGCAAGUAGCACUUGCCACUAGGUAGCUAGCGACCACAGUGCCAGCUGGCAUUACUAUUUCUUGCUCAUUGUCUGUGUUUUAUCCAUGCCGAUCAGGCCUUACUCUAUGUAGCUACACAGGGAGCAGAACCCCUGGCCAUAGUAGUGCCCUGCUCAUCGGCAACUGAGCAAGGUAUGAUCCUUUUUUUGUGCAUUUUGUUUACUUCCAAAAGUUUAUUGAGACAAAAACACUGGACAGCCGGUUUGUUGUUUAUUAGAACCACUAAUGUAUGGAACAAGUUAUAUUGAUGCCAAGCAGAAUCUUCAAAUAAAAGUCUUGAACAGA